CUUUCAACCCGCAAUUGCCCUCCCUGAGUCCCUGACAACUACUGUACAAGGCUGGCCACGGCGGCGUUGCCGCCUCCAGAAAAGACUUGUAUGUAAGUUAUUUCGCGCGGACGCUCGUGGACGGGCAAUGUCGGCAAUCUUCAAUCUUCCAACUUUUUGACAACGCCAGCACUCGUCAACCACACCAGCCCACAAUGGGAAGAGCACUGACCCCCCAGAAGAGAUCAGCCAUACUUGCCUUGCACCGGGCAGGAAAAAACAAGGUUGAGAUUGCCGCAAUGGAGCAAGUUUCCACUAUGGCCGUUUAUAGGACCAUAAAGAGGUUUCGUGACGACGCACCAGGCGACCCAACCUCCUACCAGUCCAAAAAACCCACCGGGAGACCAGCUAAGUUGCGGCCUUCUGAAGCUGAACUGACUGACGUUCGUCAGUUGUCCAGGAGAUCUGGCCGACGACCGACAACUACCGUCCGAAACAAAACCAUUCACAACACACCGACGCCAAACACCAUGUCCGCCCAAGAACCCCUAGUCUUUGUAACCGGCAACGCCAACAAACUGCUCGAAGUGCAAGCCAUCCUCUCCCCCACCGGGCUCACUGUCACCAACCACAAGCUCGACCUCCCGGAACUCCAAGGCACAACGCAAACGGUCUCGCGCGAAAAAGCGCGGCACGCCUGCGCGCUGCUCAACACACCUGUGCUCACCGAAGAUACCUCCCUCUGCUUCAAAGCCCUCAACGACCUGCCCGGGCCGUACAUCAAGUGGUUCAUGGAGGGGGUGGGCCACGAUGGGCUGAACAGGAUGCUGGCGGGGUUUGAGGAUAAGUCGGCGGAUGCGGUGUGCACGUUUGCGUACUGUGAGCCUGGGCAGGAGCCGGUGGUUUUUGAGGGGAGGACGAGGGGGACGAUUGUGCCGGCGAAGGGGCCGACGGAUUUUGGGUGGGAUGCGGUUUUUCAGCCGGAUGGGUUUGGGGAGACUUAUGCGGAGUUGACGAAGGAGGUGAAGAAUACUAUUAGUCAUCGGUAUAAGGCUUUGCAGAAGGUGGUGGAGUUUUUGCAGAGUAAGAGCCGGUAGUUGGACCACGACCGGGAUUAUAGACUGCCAUGGCAGUGUACAUACUGAACAUAGCAAUCAAGAACUAUCUGCAUAUAUCUACAUCAGACAUCAGACAUCAGCGCCACAAAGUUCUAUGUGACAUUUGAGUGUAUAGUGUACAGUAUGUUGUUUGGAGGGUGUCUAUGUAGUGUUGUCGCUGGCGGCUCCUGGGGCUGUCUUGGGGUCCCUCUCUCUCAGCAUCAUCUCA